AUGGCUGGUUCGCUCGUCACUACCUGCGUAGCAUUUGUCGCCGUCCACAACUUCGUUCACCUUGCUUGGGCUCAAGAAUUCACAAAUUCUGACGGUCUGGUCUUCUUUACUGGCUCAAAUGGCGUAAGCUUUGGCGACCCGGCAACACCCACCGGCCCCUAUACUGAGCCUACAGAACGGGUCACGAUCACUCAGACCGGGCGUCCCGACGAUGUGACCUCCAGUCGUUCUUCGACAUUGGGCACCGAGACAGAAGAGUCUCGUGUCACGACAUCAACAGAACAAGAUUACACAAUCAUCACCGGGAGAGAGACGAGCACUAGACUGAGCGGGAACUUCUCGACGACGGCCACUUCGACAAGUGCACGGCCGGUCAACACCCAGCCCUGCAACAAUUACGUCGAGCUCUGUGAGCGCAAGUACAGCAACAUCACCGAGGUUGGCUGUCACAACUCGCCUUUUGUACGACAGAACAACGCUGCCUCAAAUCAGCAUUACGAGGUGACGACUCAACUGCACGACGGAGUACGUUUCUUGCAGGCCCAGAUGCACUGGAUAGAUGGUCAGGAUGAGCCGCACUUCUGUCAUACAUCGUGUGACCUUCUAGAUGCCGGUCCCAUAACCGAUUGGCUUACAGAAGUCAAGAACUGGGUUGAAGAACACCCUUUUGACGUGAUCACUAUCCUCCUAGGCAAUGGCGGGUACGGUGAUGUGGCUUACGCGCCCGCCGAAAUGUAUGUCCCCUGGAUCGAGUCGACUGGCAUUCUGCAGUACGUCUACCAGCCUCCCGUGAGGCCCAUGGUCCUGGACGACUGGCCGACACUUGGCAGCAUGAUCCUCAAGGGCCAGCGAGUCGUUAUGUUUAUGGACUAUGAGGCCGACCCGGAAAGAUUCCCCUGGCUCCUCGACGAAUUCUCCCAAAUGUGGGAAACACCUUUCAACCCUGUUGAUCGCGAGUUUCCCUGUACCGUCCAGCGUCCUCCGGACCUGGAAGACGACAAGGCUCGCGACCGUCUGUACCUGUUGAACCACAACCUCAACUUGAACUAUCCGCUCUUUGGUAGCGACAUACUAGUCCCUGCCGUCGUACUGCUGAAUGAGACAAAUGCUGUCGAGGGAUAUGGGUCGCUAGGCGUGAGCACCCGAGGCUGCGUGGAGGACUGGGGUCGGGCGCCCAACGUCCUCAAUGUGGACUUUUACGAUGUCGGCGAUGGUUCGGUAUUCGAGGUUGCUGCGCAGUUCAACAACGUCACCUACAACCGAGAAUGCUGCGGCGGGGCGCCGAACGGCUCCGCGCGUCCCACCAUUCCUCUGCGAAUAGAGGUGGUCUUACUAGUAGCCUUACUGAUUAUGAUUCAUGGAUAG